CAUUAUAACCUGGGAGGGAAAUGUCAUCAAUAUAGAAUAGCCUUGGCCUGAAUUCCCAGAUUUGACAAGUUCGAUGCUCAAGUUCACCAUACACACAAACUAAUUUUCUGAGCAAGCUUCAUGAUAUGAACCUGGGUAUGGAUUCUCACAUAACUUGGUCACAUACACACAUAUAGUAAUUUAGGUAAUUGGUGAUGAAAUAAUAAUUAAGUUUUCUGGCUUUUAACAUGAAAAUUUUAAAAAGGUUGAACAAUUGGAUUACUCAGAGCCAGCCAUAAACCAUAACCCAGAUCUGUGGUUUCAAGUUCAAACCAAGGUUUUGGAGUUCAAGACUGCUUUAAGGUAAGUAGCCAAGAAAAAAUAUCUUUGGCACUACACAUAUUUUACAUGAAUCCCACAGAUACCAUUGGUAAACAACACACACAGAGCUUUUCUAAAAUGUAGACAUUUUAAUAUUUUCCGAGUAGAAUGGUAUAUUUCAUUUGAUCCUUCAAUAACAACUCUUGCUUAUAAAUACCAGCUUUUGGCACAGCGCCUGAUUCAAUAUUCAUUGAACUAAUGAAAAUGGUAAAGAAGGAAAAUCAAUUGAACGUAAACCGCGACAGAGGGAGAGAUUAUAUAAGGGCAAUGAAAGUUCUGCUCUAGAUUUACAGUCCAACCUCACUUACAUAAGUGCAAAAUAUUUUCUCCUUUGUGUUACUCCCCAGUAUAGCAAUUUUGCACCAAGAGCAUUUUCUUCACCAGGAAGAACAAUUAGCUCCCUGUUCCCCAAUGUUGUUCAUGCCAUCAAUUGUCUAGGUUCUCAGCAAGUGGGGCACGUCAUUGAGCGGUUCAAGUCCCUCAGGUAAAAUUAAGGGGCCAAUUGUUGCUGUGUUCAGGCUUGGCCUGUGACUGUUCAUGAUGCUCAUGGGUUUGUGAAGUUGAAAAACGGCAUGUGGCAUGCUUUUCAAGCCCGUUGUCAAAACAUUGGUCUGAUCCCUACUUUUGUGUGGUCUUAGAUGCGUGUUUCAAAUAUGUAGACAAAUACUAACUCCUAUUUUCAAGGGGGAAAACCAAGCCCAGGUGAGUGGCAAGCUUCACCCGGAGCGAGGCCAAGGGGCGAAGAGAGACAGAGAGGAGGAGGAGAGAGGAGGCAAGGGGAGAGACCGGCUGCUGUCCUCAGGAUCCCUCUCUCGGGUUUGCUCUUUGCCAACUGGCUGUCACUCUGUCCCACAGCAGAGACUGGAGGCGAGGCAGGCAGAGCAAAACAAAAACAAAACAAAGCAGACCUUCCAAUCACAGAAUCUCAGCGAGUCCCCAGGUGGGAAUUCCUGAGCCCUGUCUUCAACCGGGGAGCCCUGUCCAUGGUCCUGACCACAUCCAUCUCCCAGUCCCCUGCGGACUUUGGAUGCCGCACGCACCGGAGAACCGGGUCCCUCCGUGGUGGGCCAGGCCCUGGGAAGCCCCGGGCCGAGCAGGUCGCGCUGCCCGCACAGGCUCAGGGGGCCUCGGGCAGGUCUCAGGUGCGGAUGCCCGGGCUUCUCGGACCGGGCACCUGUUUUGAAUCACGGCGCGAGGCGCGGUGGGGGCGGUGGGGUGGGGGCGGGGGUGGCGUCACGUGCGGCGGCGCCCCGGGAAGGUUCCAUUUCCUCCGCAGCUCGUGCCCGCGGCGCUCCGGGCCCCUCCUCCGCCCCGCCCAGCCCGCCCCGCCCGCGGCCCGGUCCCAGCCCCGCAGCCCGGCGUGUGCGGGGCCGGCCCCGCCCCUCCCGCCGGCCGCCUCCGCGCGCCGUCCGCCCUCACGCCCGGCCGCCCGCGCCCCCGCGAUCCAGUUGGUGCGGUCCGUGGCAAGCACAUCAUGGCGAUUGAAGGUGGAGAAAGAACCUGUGGAGUACAUGAACUUAUUUGUAUUAGAAAAGUAUCUCCAGAGGCAGUUGGAUUUUUGUCAGCUGUUGGGGUGUUUAUUAUCUUGAUGCUGCUCCUUUUUCUCUAUAUUAAUAAGAAGUUCUGUUUUGAAAAUGUUGGCGGGUUUCCAGAUCUUGGUUCAGGAUACAGUACAAGGAAGAACUCACAAGAUAAAAUUUAUAAUUCCUACAUGGACAAAGAUGAGCAUGGUUCAUCCUCUGAAAGUGAAGAUGAAGCAUUGGGUAAAUACCAUGAGGCCUUAUCCCGAACACACAAUUCCAGAUUCCCACUGGCCGAUUCUAGACAACAGAAUUAUACUUGGGAAACAAGACAAAAAUAUAGCCCUCUAUCUGCAGAGUAUGAUGGAUACAGUAGUGAAGCAUCCCUAGAUGAAGGAAACUGCAUUCAGAGAAUGAGAAGAACACCCCCACUGGAUGAAUUGCAGCCACCACCAUAUCAGGAUGACAGUGGUUCUCCCCACCUCUCAUGUACACCCUCAGAAAUUGGGGACAGUAAAUGUGAAUUUUCCCACUGCAGCAACAGUCCAAGAUGCUCAUAUAGCAAGUGCCCGAGCGAAGGAAGCACAGGUCGUGGAAUAGAAGGUUUUCGUAACAAAGGAUGCGAAGAAGAUGUUCCAAGCGACAGCACUGCAGUCCUGAGCCCUGAAGAUAUGUCAGCUCAAGGAUCAUCUUCACAGCUUCCCAAACCUUUUGAUCCUGAGCCAGAAGCUAAAUAUGGCACACUGGAUGUGACUUUUGACUAUGACUCACAAGAACAGAAGCUUCUGGUAACAGUGACAGCUGUCACAGAUAUCCCAACAUAUAACAGGACAGGUGGCAACUCGUGGCAAGUACACCUUGUUCUUCUACCUAUAAAGAAACAGAGAGCAAAAACCAGCAUCCAGAGAGGACCAUGCCCUGUCUUCACAGAAACAUUCAAAUUUAACCAUGUUGAAUCUGAGAUGAUUGGAAAUUAUGCAGUUCGAUUUAGACUGUAUGGUGUACAUCGCAUGAAAAAAGAAAAGAUUGUGGGGGAAAAGAUUUUUUAUUUAACAAAAUUGAAUCUUCAAGGGAAAAUGUCAUUACCUGUGAUAUUGGAACCUUCUUACAAUCAUUCUGGCUGUGACUCCCAAAUGAGCAUGUCCGAAGUGUCCUGUAGUGGAAGUACAUCCUCAUGUCAGUCCCUUGAACACGGCUCAGUUCCAGAAAUCCUCAUCGGCUUGCUUUACAACGCCACCACUGGAAGACUCUCAGCAGAAGUCAUAAAAGGCAGCCACUUCAAAAACUUGGCAGCAAACAGACCACCCAAUGGACUGUUCUGUUGUCUAAAACACUUGAUAGGUGGACAGGUUUAUAUAAUCCGAGAUACAUAUGUUAAAUUAACUCUACUGAAUUCCAUGGGUCAAGAAAUGUCUAAAUGCAAGACAUCCAUCCGCAGAGGGCAGCCAAAUCCAGUGUACAAGGAAACUUUUGUGUUUCAAGUGGCCCUAUUUCAGCUUUCUGAUGUGACACUUAUACUGUCCGUGUAUAACAAACGCAGCAUGAAAAGAAAAGAGAUGAUAGGCUGGAUUGCGCUAGGUCUGAACAGCUCUGGAGAAGAGGAGCUCAAUCACUGGACUGAAAUGAAGGAGUCGAAAGGACAGCAAGUGUGUAGAUGGCACGCGCUGCUGGAGUCGUGAUGGUCAGAGCGCGCGCGCGUGCGCAUGCGCAGCCCCGGGCCUCCUUAUUCCCAAUGGCACCACUGCUGUUCUUGCCGACCCACCAUUAGAAGAGUUCUCCUUUGAAGAAUCACCUUCAGCAUUCCACCAAAAUGUUUUAAAUUGUGUGGUAGAGUAUCUAAUACUGACAUAAGUGAAGAGAGGCUACAUCUCUGGUGGAGCUUGUUUGGGAAGGGGAAAGACUAAUGACGUCAUUAUUAAAUUAACUGCCUCCAGAGCUUUCAGAGCAUGCUCUUGAGUUAGAGUUGAUUUUACUUUAGCAAAAGAGCCAGUCGUUUAUUCUAUGAAAAAUCGAAAUUAUAAAUGAUUUUCAUUAGAAUUUUAGUUGCAACACUAUUUUAGAUCACACUACAUAUAAUCCAUAAAGCAUAUGUGGACUGGCCCAUCCCUGAUGUUCGCAGUGUACUGUAAUAAGAGAAAGGAGUUCUCCGCCUCUGCCGUAAGUCAUAGCCGAUGUCGAAGGGUUCCGGUCACGUUGAACAUUGUUUUAUUUCUGAUGUUUUCCCUUUGUGCACUUAGGUUCAUCACGCCUCAGCUCUUCUCAGCACUAAGUCUAAGUGCAAGCGAGAUUUCAUUGUUGUAAAAAUAAUUUAAUGUUAUUUUUUAAACUCAUGACUUCAUUUGCCUCUGCUUUUGCCUGAUCCAAAGAGACCAGGUCACUGCACUGGUCCCUUGCAAGUCUCCUAGACAGGUUGUACUGUAGAACUACGUAACUUUCUGUUGAAAGCACUUCCUGUAUUCUUGUAUUCCAAUGUAGGAAGCUAAUAGAACAGGACCUUACAUUACAAUUUCCUUUCAAUGAUGGACUCUUUAAAAUUGUAGUAAUGUGCAAGUACGUUUUUUACAAACUAAAAAAUGUAGUAGAUAAGCUAUAGAAAAUUGAAAACAAUUUACGUUAAAGAAAAUUUUAAUGAUCUGCUCUUAGUGUUUAGUAACCAGUACUGCACAAAGCAGGCAGCAUCCAGAUAAGAAGCUCUUCUCUCUCUAAAUCUCCUUCACUCUGACUUCGGUUUGUAUUUGUGAUAUGAGGACUCUCCAGUUCUCAGUUUGAACCAGAACAUCAUGUUCAAAAUAGUCCUCAGAUUCUUUAUGGAGUUUCUAGUGGCUUGUGGCUAGAUUUUAUGAAAUUCACAGAUGCGUUCAGUGUGAUGUCAUCCUGUGCCUUUCAUGUAAGUUCAAUUUGCUCGUACAGCUUGAAGGUUGUAUUUGCAAAAUUAGGCCUUCGAUUUUUAUAAAUGAAAGAUCCCUCAGAACAGUAUCACAAGCUGUUUAUUUCCUCUGAAGUAUGUAAAAUGGGCUGUUUUUUACAUCACAAGGCAUUUUCAUUUGUUGCUUUUAUAUUUAGGAACUCUGAUCAGGAAUAUUAUAAGCUGUUUUUAAUUUUGCUUCUUACUCAAUAUAUAAUUUAUGCAUAUACUUUAUUAAAUAGAGUGUGUUUUGUAUAUAUGAAAAUAUUUUUCUCUUUCUAAUUUCUAGUUAAACUAGACAAAACAAACUAUUUGCCAAUUACUAAAAAGCAGUAUAUCAUUGUUCCUAGUCUCAACCAAUUACUAUAUAUUAUUGUAAGCUAGGACUUGUUAUUACCAUAAUAACAACACCGUGCAUAGAUACUAUUAUUUCAACCUGGCUGUACUGAAAGGCCUUAAAAGAAAUCCAAAAAGACGGUGAACUCCUAAUAUUUUUUAGUUUAAAAAAUGGCAGCUCUAUGUAUUCAUACACAUGACUUACAAGGUAAAAUACAAAUGUUAUACUGAAUGACAUGAGGUUUAAGAAUAAAUGUUAUAGAGUCCAUUAAAGGGGAAAGUUCGUUCUUUUAUUGUUGCAUUUAUCAGCUUUUUCCAGGGUGUUUUAUAAGUGAGUUAGGUUAUAAAGUUAGAACGUAAAUCAAAUGGCAUGUCUCAUGGAAGUACUUUCAGCAGCAGUAUGGAAUGAGAUUGGAGGGGGUGGUCUAGAUUUUACUGAGAAAAUAGAUUUAGGCAUUUGAUGCUACAGGUAUCCAUUCUGGCUUUGAAACAACUGACUGCAUCACUAACAACUGGAAUCUUUCUAAUGAAAAGAGUUGUCACUAGUAUUUGUAGCUAUAACAAAGCCCAAUCGCACCAUUAUAAACCAGCUUGGUGCUUUUUUCCUGCAGUGAAGAUAAGACCUAGGUAGCCGUUACUGUUAAAUCUGUCUUUCUCCAGACCAUGCCCGGAAUUGUGUGUGUGUGCUGAUAUAUCUUUGGGGAUUUGCCUGGUAUAAGUAUCAAAUCCAAUACUGCCUAAAAAUUAAAUAACAAUUUUAAAAACUUUCGAGAAGGCCCCUAUUUCCACCCCAGCUAUACCAAGUCCUCAAAGAUAAUGAAGUAUGUGUGUGUACCUGUAUAGACAUGUGUGUGCAUGUACACAUACACACACCUAUGCAUGUAUGGAGAGAUGAAGUUGCCCUGACUUUUUUAAUAAUGAAGCAGGAAAACAUUUAUCAAGUUUAUAGAUUAUUUUUCCUCUCUAUGUAUAAUUUACUAGAAAUUGUAUUUGGUUUGAGGUGCUAUUUGCUGCCGUUCUCCUCACACAGCAAAAUAUAUGUCUUUUUGUGCUGGAUUGACACAACUUACAGUCAUUACUCCCAAAAGUUUGUCUCUUCUUUUAGAAAAAGAUUAAAUAAGGCUCAGGAGACCCACUUCACUCUACUGAAGCUAAUGUACAAGGUGGUACUGCUGCUCUUUGUGUGCGUGAAUUUGCAUGAAGGCUUAAAGGCAAAAUCUUAUAUCUCAGUAAUUACAGAAAAUAGGGGCCCACUGGUGGGUAGCAGGUGUUGUCUCAGAAACCUGAGAAAGAUAGCCCACUUUCUUAUUGUUUUCUUAAAAUCCCCUAAGUUUUAUAAUAAAAGGAGAUAGUCCAAAUACAGCAAUUGACUAGCAUUCUUGUAAUUCCUGAGCCUGAAAUUACAGACUUUAUUUGUCUCCCAAAUGAGCUGCAAAAUGUAGUCAUUUAUUACUGCCCAGGAAACAAAGCGUAUUGCAAAUCAGCAAAGAGUUUUAGAAUAAUAUCCUUGUACCUUUCAGAAGUUUUCUUCUGUAGUCUUGUGUCUUCUGUACUGUUCACAUUUUGUGUAAAAUCCAUUUGCAUAUUUUCUUACUGUGCAUCCAGAGAAUUCUCAAUAAUAUUAUAUUUAGUGACAAAAAUAACAAACGGGACCACAAUUUAAAAAAAGAAAACCAAUGAGAAAAUAUCUAAACUACCCUGACGAAUGUACACGUGUGGAAGUGUAGAGCCUUGUAGGGCAGCUUCCUCCAGCCCGGUGCAGAUACCUAGGGCUCUAUGUAAAACUAUUUUCUUGACACCAUCAUCAUGUUUUACUUUUCAAUCCAAUCAGAAGUAUAAUCAAGGAUUUCAGAGGAAGGUAGCACCAACAGGGGAAGAGGCCAUAGAAUUGUGGGUGUUCUUCAAGAUGAGUUGGAGACCAAAUGAUAUCACAGUUUUCCAAGUGAGCUGAGAGACAGGCUAUGUGAAGGUAUCAAUUGUAGAUGAAUUAAGAGCACCAGUCACCAAAUUUUGUUGAAGGUCUUUAUCCAGAUACGAAGAAGUAACACAAAGCUACUUACAUAAAAGUAGAGUGGACCCGCCACUCAGGCGGGAAGGACCCUAAGGCCACUUUCACACAUAGACUAGACAAUUCAUAGAGGUUGUUCUUGAAUAGUUGUUAUAUUAUCUCGCAUUAAUAAUUAUUAUUCAAGACUUUUUUUCCCCCGUUCACCAUCCCCAUUUCAGCCAUGGCCAGCGCUGGAGGUAGCCAUGAGUAUCAGCAUCACCAAACACCCUCAGUCUCGAGCACAAAGUCAAACAUGCUAUGAAGCAUUUUUAGAAAUCUUGAAAACAUCAUGUGUCCACCAAAAUGCAUAAUAAUGAUGGUGGUAACUGCUAUAACUUACUAAGAUCUAGCACAGUAAUUUAUUACUUUGAUUCUUACAACAAUACUGCAAGGUAAGUAAUAUUACCAACAUUUCAGAGAUAAAGCAACGGCAGCAUAGAGGUUACGCAGACUUGCCCAAGGUCAUCAUCCAGUGAGUGAGCAGUAGAACUGGAAUUAGAACACAGGUAUAAACAACCCUAAGACUGAGACUAUGAAUCUUGCAGCUGCAUCCCUCUUUACUGGCUGCAAAAAAACCCCCGGGACAACAGUAUAUUCAUCAAUAACCCCACCCACCUCAAUUGAAUGGCAGAACUAGGAAAAAAAAGAAGAGAGAGAGAAACGGCUUGGGAAAGAGAAAUGCAAGGCAAAGGAGAAAAGGUGACUAGAGAUUGCUUUUCUUCUCAGGACACAUGGCACUUUGGUGUCUUAUUUGCAGAGGAUUUUGGUUUUCAAAGACUUGGUGAUUUCACUUACUCUGCCAGUUUAGCCUGUACUUAUGUUCUGAAAGUGUAUUGAUUUAUUGUACUUCUUGUAUACUGUUGGAAAUCCAAGAUGUUUUCAUUGGAGAUGGUCAUCUUUCUGCUCUGUGAAGUGGACAGCCUGUAUCAUUAGCCUCUAUCUUGCCAAUGUCAGUGACAGAGGAAAGACUUGUGUUGUCAGUGCAAUUUCCUUACAUUUCUUCUGCGCCCUUUCUUAAGCAUGGGUUUAUUUAUUCCUUCAUUUCAAAAACAUUUAUAAGAGUACCUACUGUGUGCCAUGCUGUUAUUCUAAGUGCUACAGAUACUUAGAUAAUAAAUUGGACAGUCUUUUUCCUCGUGGUGCUUGCAUUCUAUGGUCAGGAGACAGCCACGAAACGAUCCAAGUUUAGUUAGUAGAGGACUGAGUACAACGUGGAGUUCAGAAAAAUCUUUCUGGAGAAGGUAACCCCUGAGCCAGGUCUCAAAGAACAGAUACAGAUCAGACUCCCAUGUGGGAACACAUUCUCUCCAAGGGCAAAAUUUAAAACAGUGGUUCCCAAACCGUGGUUUAUUUAAGAAUUACUUUGAGAUCUUAAUUUGUAUUCCAAAGCCUCAUCGCCACAAAUUUUAUCUCCUUUGCUCUGGGGUGGAGCACAAGAAUCUACAUUUUAGUAAGCUCCCCAGGAAAGUCUCUGAGAUUUAUUGGUAUAGAAUACUGGGCUCAUUAUAUAGCAAUUAUUGAUAGCAGUGUUGCAGGACACACAGAUUAGAUCUUUAAAUAUGACCGUGAUAAAUAAGAGUGAGAUUAAGGUUAGGAUUGUGCUGUUGAUCUUACUUGUACUUCCUUAAACAGAAAGAUAUUUGAUGAAAAAUUAAAAGGGACAGUUAGUUAUGAGGUUCUGUAUGUUUGCAUUCAACAUAACUUUUUCAGAGUGUUCCUUAGUAUAAUAAAUAAAUUAUGUUGGUUUUAUAAUUCCUGAAGAUUCUUUUGGAUCAUUCAAAUAUCUCCUUCCAUGCUGUCUUUACAACGAUAGAUACAAGGUAAAGGGAGAGUCUGAGGAGACAUUUAUCCAGUGUAUCAGUGUCAGCAUUCUGAACGAAACUAGGACUGACCUUUAAGUGACACAUGGUGGCAUUUAUCAUUCUCGUACAUAGUAAGCUUCCUCACCUUUUGUCGUCAUCCUAAAGGACUUCAUUGUCAUUCCACUUACCAGGUGAGCCUCAUCCCUGACCCUUCACUAGGAACACCAGUGUUUCUCUCACCUCUGCUCUAAUCUCCAGUUCCUUGAUUGCUUUGUUCUUUCUCAGGGUCCUUUAUUUCAAAUAGCAAGUUCACACAGCAGCCUCAGGUCCUCUUCUUUCUCCAAAAGUAAAUGCUGUGGCCAGGGUUGAUCUGAGUAUCUGUUUUCCCUCACCUCAAGGGUCGCCAUGACUCCUCUCGGGUGCAGUGUUUUACAUCUUGAAAGGUCCUUUUCCAACAAAGAUCUGUGAUGAACCCACUGAAAAAUGAGGUGAUUUGACUAUUUGAAAUAACAUUGUUACAGAAUGAGGCUUUUUUUGUGAUUGCUGCCAUAUCAUCGGUCUGGCUGUAGCUUGAGAUCUGGUUAAUGUUACCGCAGUUUGAAGAAGUUUGAUAGACUGGAAUUAUGGUGCAUCAUCAAAAAUGAAUGUAAGAAUCUUGUUCUUUUCUGUCCCAGUGUGAACAAACAUGUGUCUCUUUCAAAAUGUUCCUUCUUUCUUCCUUCCUGCCUUUUUUACCCGCUUGUAUCCAUAUACAUUCACAGCAGCCACUAGACUUCAUCAGGGUUGAGUAACACCUGUCAGAAAGUGAACCCCUGGCUUUCUUCUCUCAGUCACACAGACUGGACAGCAGGGAGGACCAGAGAGGUUUCCUCAGAGGUGAGAGGGAGAGCAAACCAUGACACUCUUGAGUCCUUGGAGGUUUGCUGCUGCGUUGGUGGUUUGCAUUGUUGUGCACUCACCCUGAGCAGCGGGAAGGACCCUAGGGUCAUGUUGUGUGGGUGGGAACCAGAGGCGAUUUACUGACCUGCCCAGAGUUCGGCAUGACUUGAUAAUAGAAUUUCAACCUCUCGGUACAUACAGAUUUCUAAGUAAGUAAUUAUGAGAACAAAGGCACUGCCGUGGCAAUAGUUUCACAAGAUUUUUGCAUUAUUUCAGUGUCAGUUUGGCAGUCUAUACCUUAAACCGUCCUAUUAUUUUAAGGCCCUUUUCACCCUUUUCUUUAUGACUCUGAUUCCUGUUUGAUAUUUGAGUUUGUCCUUCAGAUACUUAGUCUCACUUUAAAAAGAAAAGCCUUAACCUGUUCUGUUUAUUUCUUCAACAUGUGGUCAGUUGCUUACCUGUGUUUAAAAUGAAUACUCAGUAGAUGAAAUAUUGAUACAAUACCAUACACUGCAAAACUGAUUUUCUAAAAUUUGUUUGUAUUUUAAGGUAUUGCUAGAAUGCUUACUUCCAUAAAUCUGAGCAGUUAAUAUAAAUAUGAUUAUUUUGUUUCAUGAGAAAAGGGGACUUUUCCCUUAUCUCUGAGAUUUGUUUCUCUUGCCUUUCACAUCUGGUUGAAGGGGGCAGGCUGUGAGCCUCUCUCAGCACUUUCUUUGUCAGUUUGGAGGGUGUCCCCUCCUCUUUACGGUACUUUAGUGACAGUCUCAGUUUUUCUACCCUCAGGGCAGGUUCUCACCAGUGGCUCCUGUUCAUAACCCUCAUUAAUGUUGCUGAAAGAAAUACGUGAGCGCCCACAGGAAAAAAAAAAGAUCCCUAAAGUGUGAAGAAUCAGUGUCUCAGGGCCCUGGUGUAGGGUGGCAGCUUUACUCCCUACAUGUGACUUCAGUCACAUUGGGGUAGAAGCCAGCUCCUUGGGAAUAAGAGUUUAGGUCCUUAUGUCCAAAACCUUCUCUUUUUGUCUUCUCUCUUCCCUUUGUAGCUUGCACAUAUUUUUUUAAAUUUUGUGAGAAAGCCUUUAAAAACCUGUUUUCAAAAUUCUCAAAUGUUCUGAACCAGACAAUUUCAUAAAAAGGAAACCGAAGUCUAUACCACAGAAGAACCAUAGAAAGCCUUUGUGGGGAGGGAAGGCUUGCUUUUGUUUGGGACAGCCUUUGGGGUCAAUAUUGGGGAUACUUACAACAUUCUGUAAUUAUGUCACAGGUAUUUUGUGAGGGGAGACCAGGGUAGUUUUUGCAAUACAAAUUGGCUCUCUUAGUAUUUAAGUAUUUUUUAAACAAUUAUUUGAAGUACAGCUAGAAAAUAAUAGUGAUACUUUAAACACUAUUUUGAAAUUACAAAUAUUACUUUAAAUUUACUAAGAAAAUUUGCAUUCAUAGCUUGCAUUACAAAAUUAAUUUAGAAUUUUUCUGGAUGACUUUGAGAUGAUGUGUUUUUAUAGUGAAAAUAAUAAAGUGGCAAUAAUUUUGAGGAAUCUUUAAAACUGUCAUGGAGAGACAGACAAACUGGAUUUUUACGAGAAUUUUGAAAUAUGAAAGUAUAUCAAUAUUCUCAGUUCAGUUAGACUUGAUAAAGAACAGUUAGUAUAUGACUGUUAAGGGUCUUGUAAAUGUUAGGAUCUAUUCUUUUUCUAAAACUCGUGAUAUCUAUUGUUGCUCAGCAUUCUUGCAUUAUGUUUUAUUUCUCAAAAUAAUGGACUAUGGAAAACUCAAUUAGUGGAAUCUCUUAUUCAAUAUCCCUUUACUUUUCUCCUUCCUCUUUCUUCCUUCUUCCCUCUAUUCCUCCCCUCCCUUCCUUUCUUCCUAUUUAAUUUUUUUGAGGCAAGAAGCUUCCUUAAUAAUAUAGUUUCUACAGAGCUUUCUUACUUAUUUUUCUAAUAAUGGAUUUACCAGUGUGAUGAAGUUUAAAUGCUCUGUGAGCAAAACUCUGUUCAACGGUCUGAAGAAAUGCACUCCUGUUUACCAUUUCCCUUGGUCUUAAACUGUCUCCAGCAUACUUCCCAGUGACUCCACAACAUUAAUGGAUCUUACUAAUAUAUGCGAGUGUCUGUAUGGUUAUCAGUAGUGUUGUAGUAUCGUCACAUAUUAAUGUGCAUUUUGGGUCAAAACUAGAAACAGGUGUGUGUGAAACAACUCAUUUUAUAGAAUGAUCAUGUAUCUAAUCAUUUUCAUGUAAUUGGAAAUGUGCUGUAUGUUGCGUUUUAUUCUCACAUCUACUUUUCUACUCUCUGUACACACCGAUUGUCUCGGUGCCCUUCUCCUUUUGUAUAAUUGUAUUACAAGAAGAAAUUACCUCUGUGUAAACAAUGU